GCAACGGCCAGGCCGGGCUGGCGCGUGGCGGUUUCACCCCGUCUGGGCUUGUGGGGCGCGGGGCGUUGGGAGAGGCGGGAUGGAGGACCCGCAGGGAAACCGCAGCGAGCUGCCGUUUGAUUACAUCGAGAACAACGACUUCCACGGGCAGUUCCACAUCGUGGCGCGGGAGCGGCCCUUCGUGGUGCUGCUGAUCUUCCUGGCCUGUGCCAGCGGAGCAUUGAUGAGGACCAUUUUGAAGGGCACAAAUAUUCCUGUUAUUGUCAUUCUUUAUGUCAUUGGAAUUAUCUUUGGAUUAUUGGGCUACUUUGCAAUAGAGUUUAGUGUGCUUACAUUGCCCGUCGCAGAUAUUGAUCCUGUCCUGUUUUUUCAUAUGUUUGCUCCAGUUGUAAUAUUUACGGCUGCCUUUCAAAUGGAUUUUUAUGUUUUUCAGAAAACAUUUUGGCAGGUAUUAAUUCUUUCAGUUCCUGGCUUUUUGCUGAAUUGCAUUUUAAUUGGAUGGUUAACUUACAAAAUUAAUAAAUAUAAUUGGACCUGGGAUUUUAGCAUGCUAUUUGGAAUCAUUCUUAGCACAACAGAUCCUAUCCUGUCUGUCGCUUCUGUAAAAGACAUUGGCAUUUCAAAAAUCAUCAUUAAUCUAAUUAAAGGAGAAUCUUUAUUUAAUGAUGCCACCACAGUAAUUGUUUUUGAGAUUUAUCAGGACUUUCUAAAUAGGCAACAUCUUGAUUUUGUAAGUAAUUCACUUUUAUUUCCUUCUGUUACAGCUAAAGAAGUUGUUAUAAAAAUAAUAUUAAAAUUUUUUGCAAGUGUCGUGUUUGGAUUUUUGAGUUCAAAAAUAAUCACGUACUGGCUGUCUCAUAUUUUCAACGAUGGAUUAACUGAAGUAUUACUAAGCUUCUCAAUGACAUACAUCAUUUUCUUUAUGGCUGAAUGGCUUGGAAUGUCUGGAAUUCUUUCUCUUGCUAUUUUGGGAAUUCUUUUAGAUUCUGUGAGCUUCAGUCCAGGGGUUGAUGAAUUUAUCUUUAGGUUCUGGGCAAUGCUAACAUUUUUGGCUCAUUGUCUGAUAUUUAUUAUCUUUGGAAUUGUAAUAGUUGAAAAAACAUUUGAGUAUAUAACAAUUCGUGAUUUGUUUUAUAUCUUAACUGUCUACCUUGCAUUGAAUCUUAUAAGGGGUCUAGUUAUUUUGUUCCUGAGCCCUCUACUAAGUCGCCUUGGCUAUGGAUUUAACUGGCGCUGGGGAGCUGUUAUUGUUUGGAGUGGAAUACGUGGUACUUUUACACUGAAUAUGGCACUUGGAAUUAGCAAAACAAAAGACACAAAAGAAGACAAAAUGCAGAGGAUGAUAUUACUGCAUGCAGGAACAGCAUCAUUAAUGACAUUGGUGAUUAACUCCACCACAGUGAAAAAGCUGGUUAGAACAUUAGGUCUGUGUAAUAUUACCCUUCCAAAGCGGAUGGCAAUGUACAGUGCUGUUCAACGAAUAAAAGAAAUGCAGGCCAAUGCAUUUUCCAUGCUAAAACUUGACAGAUUUUUAGCUGAUGCAAAUUGGAACAUGACUGAAGAAGCAAUUCAAAUUGAUUACCCUUAUAAAUUUGACACAGAAGAGGUUUCCCAAGUUGUUCGAAGGCUCAGAUGUCCAGAUUGUAACACAGACAUUUCAUAUGAUACAACACCUCAACAAAUUGCUGAUAUUCUGGAAGAAGCCAGGUUACGCCUUUUAACAGCACAGAUAGCCAGUUAUCAGAAGCAAUAUAAUGCUGGAAUGCUUAACCAAGAUGCUGCCCAAACAUUAAUAGGUGCUGCAGAAAGCUAUGUUGAUGCUAAAGGGAAGUUUAUGAAUAUUCAUGAGGUAAAGACAUAUUGGGAAAGCAAAGGACUAUUUGUUCUUUGUAAGAGACUGCUUUCUGAUUGGGUUUACAAUGUGAAAGAAGAAAAAUCUAAGCCUUCAAGGAACAAGUUUCUGAAGAUAUGUCAUUUUAUAGUAUUCACAGAUGAAUUUGAGUAUGCAAGUCACAUUGUAACAUUGUUAAACGUAUUUCCUAUGAUAGUUAAUUACUUGCCAUCCUACUAUGACCUGCUUCUUCCACAACUGAAAAUUUCAAACUACUAUUUCCUUGGGUUGUAUAUGCUUGAGGCACUGUUAAAGGCUCUAGCCAUGGGGAAGACCUACAUCUUUUACCACUGGAACCAAUUUGACAUAUUAAUCAUAGUAAUUGGACUCAUAGAUAUCUUUAUUAUUAUCGUAUUUAAAUCGGUUCACACAUCAUACCAUGUGAUUAACACUAUCAGGGUAUUCCGGAUUGUUCGUCUUAUUAGAAUCCUUCGUCUUUUGAAGAUUGUGAUACCAAAAUUGAUAUACCUAUUGAAUAAACAAAUAAACAAACAGCUAACCUUUAGGUAUGAUAUUGCCAAGGGAUAUGUUCAGGGUGAAGAAGAUACAAAAUAUUUAAUCGAACAGAUUGCUGGUCAUGAGACUAUUUCCCAGGAAAUAAAUAAAAUUAUGGAAAAGAACAAGCAAGAUGCAAUGAAAGAGCUAGGUUUAAUGCAGCGUGAUUAUCCAGAUAUUGUUACUGCUCUGAAAACCAAACAAGCAGUCCAAACUGUGCUAAACACAGCUUCAGAAACUCUUAAAGUCUUGAUAUCAGGAGGAAUUGUUGAUAAAAAUGAAGGAGCCAAAAUAGAGAAGAUGAUUCUCAUUAAAAAAAAACAACUGGGAACUCUUCCAUCUACUAUUGCACCACCCACUGCAGAGGAACUUCUACGAAAUAUCAGUUGGUUAGAAAAUGAAAAGAAACAAAUUGAAUUCAUUCAGAAAAAAGCAAGACUUCUUUGCUAUGAUUAUGGAGAUGUUAUAUGUGAAGAAGGUGAAAUGCCACAAGGAAUCCAUCUAAUUAUUUCAGGAAUGACAAAGCUUUAUGGUGCCAGUCCUCGGUAUGGAAUUGAUAGAGAUAUCUAUGAGCCCAGAUAUCCUACAAGAAUGCCAUUUACAGACUACUUGGUCAGUGGAGCAAUAAUAGGAGAACUGAACUGCCUAACUAAGCAUGAAAUGGAAUACACUGUUACUUGUGAAACUGCUGUUCAGACCUGUUUUAUAUCAAUGGAUGACUUAUUUGAAGCUUUUGAUAAAUUUCUGGAAUGCCCUUCGCUGGAAUAUAAAAUAUGGUUAAAACUUGCUCUUGAUAUCACUAUUAAAACUUUCAAGGAAAACCUUGCUUAUCAGGACUGGUCUUACAAGAUGUGUACAAAGUUUCCUAAUAUUUAUGUGAUGGAUGUACCAACUCACAGCAAAUGUGAUAUUUAUGAUGAAAACAUGGAAGAUGUUAUUCUUGUACAUGGAAGUGUCCAAGACUGUCAAGUGCUACAACCCUAUUUUGCACCCUGCAUUUUACCAAAAACUUGCCACCAGGUAAAAACAAUUUUUAUAACAAGAGAUCCACAGACUGUGGAACCCUCAAUAAAAAUAAAUCAGAGUGCCAGAGGCAACAGAAGUGCUGUAAGAUAUUUUCAAUUCUUGGAAACAAGUGGCAAUAUUCCUCCUUUGAAGGUACAAGGCACAGCUGCAGUAACAAAACUUCUGAUUGUUCGGACUACUGCCAGUGUGAAGAAGAGGAGCAGUAGAAGAUGUAGUAGCAUCUGCCAGUAUCAUUCAUAUAUUCGUAGACGGGCCACUGUUGGAAGUAGUAUAAAAACAGACAACGAACAGCAGAUUCCAGAAGACUCAGAAUCAGAAGUUUCUACAGAUCGGGUACAGUCCUCAAUUGCUGUCUCAAUUUUGUAAAGGCGGACGUCCUCCUGGUCACAGCCAUCUGAUGCAAGACAAACCCAGCAGGAAGGCCAUGAAGUAAAUAGGUUGCAAAUAUACAAAUGUUUAUACCCUAAAACGAAAAACAGAAGCUGAUUUUGUAGAAUUGAUUUCCAUAUUGUAUUGUGAAAUCCAGUAUGUUCCAGUUGUUCAAAACUAUUGAUGUUCUACACAACCUCAGAUAAUUUUUUAUUUCUCUUUAGAUAGCAGCAGAUAAAGUUGAAGCAUCAGUAUUUGUUUCUUUCACCCCUACUUCCUGUAUAACUUUGAAAGGUUUAUUACGUGUUCAUCUGUUUGAUCUUUACAAUGCAAUAAAACUUGCAAGAGAAUUUUAAUAUCAAUAAAUACAUUUUCGGAA